AGCAGUUUGGGCCAUUCGUUUUGGCAUGUGUGGUUGUCAUAAAGCCACUGGAUUGAUUGAACCCCCGAGUGAUACAAACAUCGUAGUUCAUUUUUAUUAUUGUCUCGGUACACUUUUUUUUCUUUUGUAAAGAAAUGCGUGGUAAUAGAGACGAUACGUUUUCCCUUUCAGGCUUUCUUUGUACGCCUAGGCUAACGACGGAAGAAUGGCCAGAUACCUUUGUAGGGGAUUUGUCACGAGAGAGCGCCAAAGACAACUUCCGACAGCUGUUUUCACCCGAUAACACCUUAGCCUUUGAUAAGUUUCCCAUACAAGAGGAGACUUUUGUUGGCUCUCAAACUGAACCGCAACUAGUGCCAGAGUGGUUUCCCUUUGAAGAAAACUCCCCACGUAACCAGACUUGGGUUAACGUACAAGGAGGCUUCCAAAGGGAGGAACCAACCUGCAGCCGUCCGAGUAUAGCACGUUGUAGUCAACAAGACGUAAAAGAAAAAGACGUAAGAGGUGAAAAGGAUACAUAUUUGACCAGUUGGUCGUUUCAACGGCCUACUUUUCCUCAUUACCCUGGGAACAAGGUGAGCACUGAAACACGACAACUGGACCCGGAGAAAGACUUUUUAAUGAGAGAGUUCAAAAAGAAGAUACGUGAAGCUGCAGUAGUUCGUUUCCGCCAGAAACGUAAAGAGAGAAACUUUGCCAACGUGGUGCGUUAUGACUGUCGCAAGCGAGUAGCUGACGCCCGACCUCGUUUCAAGGGGAGGUUUGUGAAGGUAAAGAAGGAAGAAACAAGUUCCAUUUUGUAUGACAAGUCUGGUUCUGAAAGACUUUCUUCAUUGGAGAAGAUGCACGAUGACGACUUCCAAGUGGUACCUUACCUAGUGUAACGAGUGUAGGAUAGACUAGUUGCUUGUUGGAGCUUUUGAAGUGGCUCAUAAAGUGUUACUCUGAUGUAAAUACAUUUGUUCGAAUAGUGGUACCUAUUAUUUUUUGGUUAUAAAGAAAUGUUGCUGCCCCUGUUUCUAUUUUUCUAUUACCAACAAUUAAUUGGUCGUCGGGCGUUCAAAAACAAAAGAUAUCGACAUUUUACAUGACUUGGCCGAACAGAAAUGACGACAGAAAGAGAAUCACAUAUGUAGUGAUUUAUAUGAUCCGAAGAAGCAUAUGGAUUUAUAGAGAGAAACUUGCCCUCACUGCUAGCUAAUAACGAGAAGCUGAAAAGAGUGAAAAAUUUACAUUGUUGAAAACGACUGCCGUGGUGUAAAGGUUAUCAUUCCAGCCUUCCAAGCUGGAGACCCGGGUUCGAUUCCCGGCGGCAGUAAAAUUUUCCAUUCUCAUGUACAAAAAUAGAGUGCAAAAAAAGAGAAAUAUUGAAAGAGAUUUAGAAGACUUCUUUUUUAGGAUUCUAAGCAAAGUUUUUCAUUUGUUAAUAGUAGAUGACUCUAGAGACUUUACAUUGUUUUUGAAGUAUGGUUUCUAAAAUGUAUAAAGUUUAUUAUCGAUUG